AUGGAUUAUUAUGAUAUUGCCUAUGUGGUGAGGGAUACCCUUUGUAAUCCCUCAGCUAGCCCCACUGAAGUUUUAUCAGUUGAUGAUAGCGAGUCUUGUCAGAAUGAAGAUCCCUUGGAGCCAGAGCUUCAAGAUUCUGACAGUGAUGAAGCAGUAGAGAAAGCAUCUCCAGAACCUCGUGUGUCCAGAAGGAGACAAAUGCCAUCCAGAUUUCAAGAAUACUUACAUUCGGAUGAGUUUGGUAGUUUGUCCGUUGAUCAUAGAAAAUUAGUUGCUGAUGCUUUAAAUUUAAAGUAUGGUUUUUAG